AUUAGUUAUUGUGUUUUCAAAUAAAGUUUAAAGGUAUAGCGUUUCGUUAAUUUGCAUUAUACAACUCACGUUUUUGUGCUGUCACUUGGAAUUUUCUUCGGGAAUAAAGUUCACUCGCCCUUGUGCUUAAAGUAACGUUAUGUUGGUUGGGUUCUUUGCAAUCAACGGCCGCUCCCAUUAUUUUUGUUAAUUUCCUUGGCAAUUACGAAACAGUCCAUUAGUAGCCAACUUGACAAAAUAAUGGAACUCGAUUGUGAAAAAAUUUUGGGAGAAGGAGGUUGUGCUAUUGUUUUUCAAGGUGUAUGGGAUGGAAAGCCAGUGGCUGUCAAACGAAUUCCUACAAAUAAGGUCGCAAGCAACGAACGAGAGGAAGAUGCACUGAGAAUGCUUAAUCAUCAAAAUGUCAUCAAGUUAUUUCACGUCGAAAGUGACAAAAAUUUUAGAUAUUACGUUCUUGAAUUGUGCAACGCUUCAUUAGCCAAACUAUUUCUUAAAGAUGACGAUCCCAAAAAAUACAGCGGGCCGAUGCCCGCAGUUAAAGAUGUACUUAUGCAAUUGGCCAAUGGACUAGAAUACAUUCACAAAAAGGGAUUAGUACAUCGCGACCUGAAGCCUGAAAACGUCCUUAUUUGGGUAGAUCCAAAAACACAAAAAGUGUUGAUGAAGUGGGCGGAUUUUGGACUGAGUAAACGAGUCAACGAAAAAGGAAGUUACUCAAUGCAGAGCGGAGUUAAGGGUACCUUGGAUUAUUCAGCACCAGAGAUUUUAAAAUUAAUUGAAGAAGAAGAAACACCUACGUCUACAGAUGGAACAACAUCAACAAAUACAAGAGGAAACAUCAAAAGCGAUGUAUUUGCAGAAGGACUCGUAUUCGGCUAUUUUCUUUUGGGCGGUGUUCAUCUUUUCGGUUCACGUUAUAAAAUUCAAUCCAAUAUAAUCAAAAAGGAACCUCCGAAUCUGCCCAAGAUUCAAUUUAAAGACAUACGUACGCUGAUCCAUAAAAUGUUGGAAAAAGAUCCACUGAAACGAAUUACUUCUUCGGACGUCACGCAGGAACUCCAAGAAAUUGAAAUGUCAAUUAACAAUUCAAUAUUUGCCGAAGAUACUUAUCCGAGCCUGGAAGAAGUCGAAAUACUGUUACAGAAAGAAAUGGAUAUAAACUCUGUGGACGAAAAAGGGUUGACUCCACUUCUGCAUUUGGCACUUCCCAAAAAAAAUGAAGGGAAUCAACGUUAAUUGCGAGAAAAAACGAUGGAAUGCUCUCAAUUGGCUGUGUAAAAUGUAUCCACAUAACAAUUUGUUGGAAUUAAUUACAGUUUUCAUUGAAAGUGGAAUUAAAGUAAAUUCCAAUAAUAGCGACGGAGAUGAUAAUGCUAUAGUAAUAUUAGGUCAAUAUUACCGAAAUGAAAAUUUAAUUGAAAUAAUUCAACUUUUAAU